AUGACGCCAACUGGGAAAUGACGUCACAAAAACUCUUCACUCACAUCAAUGGCAAAGCAAUGAAGAAGGAGAAGAAGGAGAAAAAAGACACUGAGAAGGAAAUCAGCAUGCAGACAGGAAGUCCCUCAAAGCCAACCAUGGGUCUAUUCACACACAACAAUGGCAAAGCAUCGAAGAAGGAGAAAAAGGAAAAGAAGGACACUGAGAAGGAAAUCAGCAUGCAGACAGGAAGUCCCUCAAAGCCAACCAUGGGUCUAUUCACUCACAUCAAUGGCAAAGCAAUGAAGAAGGAGAAGAAGGAGAAAAAAGACACUGAAGGAAAUCAGCAUGCAGACAGACGUCCCUCCAAGCCUACCAUGGGUCUAUUCACACACAACAAUGGCAAAGCAAUGAAGAAGGAAAAGAAGGAGAAAAAAGACACUGAGAAGGAAAUCAGCAUGCAGACAGGAAGUCCCUCAAAGCCAACCAUGGGUCUAUUCACACACAACAAUGGCAAAGCAUCGAAGAAGGAGAAAAAAGAAAAGAAAGACACUGAGAAGGAAAUCAGCAUGCAGACAGGAAGUCCCUCAAAGCCAACCAUGGGUCUAUUCACACACAACAAUGGCAAAGCAUCCAAGAAGGAGAAAAAGGAAAAGAAGGACACUGAGAAGGAAAUCAGCAUGCAGACAGGAAGUCCCUCAAAGCCAACCAUGGGCCUAUUCACCCACAACAAUGGCAAAGCAUCGAAGAAGGAGAAAAAGGAAAAGAAGGACACUGAGAAAAAUCAGCAUGCAGACAGGAAGUCCCUCAAAGCAACCAUGGGUCUUUUCACUCACAACAAUGGAAAGCAUCGAAGAAGGAGAAAAAGGAAAAGAAGGACACUGAGAAGAAAUCAGCAUGCAGACAGGAAGUCCCUCAAUAACUCGAGUUAUUAA